CAUGGCAACACCUCCGGCGGGUUACGUUGUUUGUAAACAUUAGUCUCCUCCACGUGUUGUAGUGCAGUGCUCCAGGAAGAAGUCCAUUACCUCAGUCUUAGCUGUUAAAGGAGUUUCUGUCGUAAUUUAAGGAACUGUAUACACAAGAUUAAAAUAAAAUAAAAAACUGCCGAGUUGAAGCUAUUAACAUUAACUAUUCGUCUAUAGUAGACCACAACUAUAUGUUGACGGCUGCAAUUGGUAAACAAUCUAGAAUAUAGACCACAGACCAUUCACAGUUACUGACCGUCCUUUGCACAGACCACAGAUCUUUAUCAACUGCUAUUCAUCCAUAAAAAGAGACCAAAGACCAUUCACAGCUACUGUUCGUUCAUAAUAAAAAGCACAGACCAUUCUCAGCUGCACUUUGGGCAGCUUACCAAUCAACAUGUCCAGAAUUCAAGGAAAUGCAAGACGACUUGUAUCAAACACAGUUGAGACUUUAACUGGAACAUUUUUCCCUGGUGUUUCAUUUAGUCAACUUGGUGAAAAUUCAUACGGAAAUGAGGUGGUAUCAAGUCUUCCAUUGCAAAUGGUUAUAUACUUCUCUGCACUUUUUUUUCCCUGUUGGUGUGCAACCUCAGUUGUCAUGAUGACUUUAAAGUUUCAGUAUGUGACCAAUCUCUACCAGUUUAUUCUGGUUGCUAUUUACAUCGCUUUGCCCCUGAUUGAAGUUAUUCGUCUCUACAUAGGAUACAUUGGAAAUCUGGAAGAAAAGGUCCCCGAGUUAGCUGGAAGUUGGUUAUUAAGUCUUCUGUUGCAGCUGCCACUGCUUCUUUUCUUAAUCUUAGUUCCAGGCACUUGGUCAUUGCCAAUGGAUUAUGCUGUCAAUUCCAUUUUUCUUAUUUUUGUAAUUUUUCAUCUCAUUUUUGGAUACCAAGCAAUAAAUAUAACAGCAGCACAUCAGACACGAUUAUAUCACAUGUACUUGGUAAUGAGACAAGCUCAAGAUGAAGAAUGAAUUAACCCAUUGCAAAACUCGAGAUAAAAAAUACAAUGGCAUACUGUUUCUCCCUUCCCCCAAAUAAAAAUUUGACCACGUAUAGAAGCAAUUUACAUUAAACUCCCACAUAUCCUCAGGAAUCUAUGGUUUCAUAAAUGCCUUCAAACACAGUUCAUUUGAAAAAUAUAAAAAUAUUAAUAAGUUCCAUACUUAACACUUUCGCCCGGGCAUGACGCAGCAUUGCGUCAUCCACUUUAAAUAAUCGCCAAAAAUCAGGU